CGACUUGCCACCUCCUUGGCCUCGAACUUGGGAUUCGCUUUCGUUAUAUAGACGAGCACCUUGUGGCGCUGUUGCCUAUUUAUUGCCAAUUCAUGCCUUCAUAUUGUGUUCCGACCGCUACCCACCAUUCAUUUUCUCUCAAGGACCGGCCGUUCGCCCGUUUCCAAGCCUCCCCUUCUCGUGUCAGAAUGGCUUGUGCUGUUUCCUGCAACCACACCACCGAAAGUGGCAGUUUAUCCUUGUCUACCGCUGGUCCCAUUGAGGCUGUCCUAUUUGACGUUGAUGGAACUCUAUGUGACUCCGAUCCUCUUCAUUUUGAAGCAUUCCGAGACUUGCUUCAAAAGAUUGGUUUCCAAGGUGGUGUUCCCAUUGAUGAAGAAUUUUUUAUCAAGAACAUUAGUGGUGGGCAUAACGAGGAUAUAAUUGGCAUCCUUUUCCCUGAUUGGGAUCACCAGAAGGCCCUUCAAUUCAUGGAUGACAAGGAAGUGUUGUUCAGGAGAUUAGCAAAAGAGAAGCUAGUCCCUGUAAAUGGGCUCCACAAGCUGUGCAAAUGGAUUGAAGAUAAGGGUUUGAGGAGAGCUGCUGUAACAAAUGCUCCGAGACCGAAUGCUGAACUCAUGAUCUCAAGCCUUGGUUUGUCCGAAUUUUUUGAGUACCUUAUUAUUGGAGGUGAAUGUGAGCGAGCAAAGCCAUAUCCCGACCCUUACUUGAAAGCUUUGAAAUGCCUCGGUGUGUCCCCUGAGAGGGCAAUUGUUCUCGAGGAUUCUGCAGCAGGUAUAAAAGCUGGUGUAGCGGCUGGCGUUCCAGUUAUUGGCAUCACAACAAGAAACCCGGAUCAGCUACUGUUGGAUGCAGGGGCUUCAUUGUUGAUCAAGGAUUUUGAGGAUCCUAAGUUGUGGAGUGCAUUGGAGGAGCAGGAGGCUACGAAAGCAUGCUGCUGAGCUUUUUGCAAGUCAGAAAGCCAUUGAAUAAACGCAUUUUAUUGCUGAAAUCUUGUCAUUAGAUACCCAAGGAAUGAUACUUGCUAAUUUUUUGAUAUCGAGGGAGGAUAUCAGCAGUAGUAGUUAGUUUCAUACAGGCCAUGCUGCUUUAGGAAUCAUAACCAUGGCAGAAACUCAUAUAAGCAUUUUCUCUGAGCUAGUUGCAGUUGAAAAGUGCAUUUGGGAAAAUAAUUGGUUGGAGGUUUCUCCCUUGAAAUGGAUGUGAAACAUACCAAAAAAAAACUUGUUGGAAGUAAUUUUAGUGAUCUCA